UAGGCGCGCCCAAAACUUGCCAAAGUUGACCAAGCACUCACUCUGGUGAGCCCGGUUACAGGAAAUCCCUCAUUGGGAGAACAACUGGAGAAGGUGCGGCCACUGUUUCUGCUGCUGGACAGGUGUUGGGGAUAAAACAAAAAGUAUGUUUCUGGCUGUCUGAGGUGGAUCCUACCAGCUUCCCCAGAGGGAUUGCUCCCGGUUUAGCAACCCCACAGCUAUGGAAGGUUAUCUCAUCGCUCCAUAUCCCGAGGAUAUUGUUGCUUACGACAGCGAUGUUUGCAGACAGCCACAUGAAUAUUACACCUUCCUGAGCAGCGAUGGAGAGAGCCAUAGCGCCGACCAUUACUGGGAUUACACCAGCAACCACAUCCAUGGUGACUUUGAGUCAUUUGGCGACCAUCACUUCACAGAGUUACAGAGUGUUCAACCCCCCCAGCUGCAGCAGCUGUACCGGCACAUGGAGCUUGAACAACUGCACGGGUUGGAAUCCUCCGCAGCGACUAGCAUUCCCAUUGGCACUGCGGUUCAUUACAAUAAAGCACAGCCUUCAGCAACCACCAGCUUUACCGCUCCCCAGGUGCCGUAUGUGCCACACUGGUGCCCACAGUACCCAUCCUCGGCUGAGCGGAGUUCUGAUGAGGAAGACCUGGAGAGGCAAAGCCCACCACUGGAAGUUUCUGAUGGAGACACAGAGGCAGCGGAACCCAUUCCCCAGAUGGGCAGUGCAGAUUCAGGGAACAAGAAGAAAAUCCGACUCUACCAGUUUCUGCUGGACCUCUUGCGAAGUGGAGAUAUGAAGGAGAGUAUUUGGUGGGUGGAUAAGGACAAGGGGACAUUCCAAUUCUCCUCCAAACACAAGGAGAUAUUAGCGCAUCGCUGGGGGGUACAGAAAGGCAAUCGCAAGAAGAUGACAUACCAGAAAAUGGCCAGAGCUCUCAGAAACUAUGGCAAGACGGGUGAGGGAAAGCUAUCUGAUUCUGACCCAGUUCUUCGAUCACUCUCACAACAAGGCCCAGAGGCACCUGACUCUAGGAAUAUUGCAAAGGGCCUACAGGCCAGGAACCUCUUCCUUGUGGCACCAACACCCUCCUAAAGUGUCAGGCAGUGACCAUCUCCAAAUAGAAAGAAUCUAACCAUCGCCCCUUGAUGUUCAAUGACAUUACCAUCACUGAAUCCCCCACCAUCAACAACCUG